AUGGCAGCCAGCAGCUCAGAGCUCCCGCGCAUCUGCGUCCUGGGCUCGCUCAACAUAGACCUGGUGUCCUAUGUUCCUCAUCACCCCGCCCCGGGCGAGACCCUUACGUCAAACUCCUUCACCGUGUCCCCAGGCGGAAAGGGUGCCAACCAAGCCGUGGCAUGCGCUAAGCUCUCGCGCCCGCGUCCCGCACCCGGUGCCCCUGCGCACGACGACGCCUCAGCAGCGGCGCGCGUCUCGAUGGUCGGAGCGGUCGGAGCAGACACCUACGGGCAGAUCCUCCUGGACAGCCUGAGCUCGCACGGCGUGGACGUGAGCGGCGUGGCGGCGCCCCAGGCGCUCAAGACGGGCAUCGCCAUCAUCAUCGUCGACGAGCCGACGGGCCAGAACCGCAUCGUGCUGAGCACUGAGGCCAACCACCAGGGCAUGGCGGCCGCCGACUUCGAGUCCGCCAUCGCGCCACGCGUCGGGACGCCGGACCUGCUCAUCAUGCAGCUCGAGGUCCCGCUGCCCACGGUCCUGCUGGCGCUCGAGCGGGCCCGCGAGCAGGGCGUGCCCGUGCUCCUCAACCCGGCGCCCGCGGUCGAGCUCCCCGCCGAGGUGUACCGGGGACUGGCACACCUGGUCGUCAACGAGACGGAGGCGUCGAUCCUGUCCGGGCUGCCCGCGGAGAAGCUGGACACGGCCGCGGGGUGCGCCGAGGUGGCGGCGUGGUUCCUCGCGCGCGGGGUGCAGACAACCAUCAUCACGCUCGGCGGCAGGGGCGUCUACUACAAGUCUAAGGCGGCCGAGGGCCUGCUCCCCGCGGAGAAGGUGGCUGAGGUCGUCGAUACGACCGCUGCUGGGGACACGUUCGUUGGGCAGUACGCACUCGAGGUGGUGGGCUCAAGGGGCGGGGCCUUUGACCUGGAGGCUGCGGUGCGCAAGUCCAACAAGGCGGGCGCCAUUACGGUGCAGAGGAAGGGCGCGGCGGCUAGUAUACCCUGGAGGGACGAGGUGGUAUAA